AAAAUGGGUACAGAAAAAUAGUUCCACAGCGUUUCAAAACAAAUCAUUGCAUCCAAACGCUGUGCGAACAAACUGUGCAGGGCGACAAAAUGUUGUCCAGGAAAAGUAAGGAUAAAUCUAUCAAGGAAGGCGUGGUAGGAAAAUAUGUGAAAAAAGACACACCACCGGAAAUUCCAACUGUUAACGUGUGGACCGCGGAGCAGAAUAAAAGUAAGCUCGCUAAAACAAGAAGGAGCUCGCAGCAGGUCGUUUCCAAUGCCGGUCAACCACCGGGGCUUCCACUGACUGCUAACAGCAGCAAUAUACAGAAUUUGCAAAAGUUUGGAAAUUCAAAGGUGUUGACGAAGGUGGGAGGCCUUGGCCACGAAGGAAAGUAUACACCUAGCAAUAAUAUUCCAAAUUUGGCUAACAAAUUUGGCAACAUCAACCCCAACAAUGACGCGUCCAGUGGGCUUAGCUUGAUGAACGGGAAUGCGAAACCGCUACCGAUGAUGUUGGUGAAAAACACGACCACUACCAUGGGCCUGGCGCUACCCAUGAACGAUGUGAGGAACAAUAAUAGCCACGGAAAUUAUGUGGACAUUGAUACGAUCGAUCAGAUCCUAAUGCAACAAAGCGAAGCGAACCUAUAUCGGCUGCAACAACAACAGCAGCAACAGCAACUGUUCCAACAACAAGAACAUGAGCAAAAACAAUUACAGCAACAGCAACAACAGCAAAUGGAGCUGCAGGAACAGCAACGCCAAGAGCAGAUGGAAAUGCUCGAACAUCAGGAGCAGCAAGAGCAACGACUACAUCUGGAACAGCAGCAGGAACAACAGGAGCGAUAUGUUUCCGGAUUCGAACGCAAACUAUCCUACAACCAACAACAUCACCCGAACAAUCAUAGAAAUGGGUUUGAAAGCUAUGGAAAUUUGAUGCGUAAUGGUAGUCCCAUCGCUUCGUCCGCUUCGUCCGGCAAUAGCUUAACAAACGAUCAGACUCUUUUUAUUCGACAUUAUUCGACCCGACAAACGCCUCAGCUGGCAUCUUCGCCGCAACAGUCGAACAAUCAGUCAACCCAGAACCAGACAGACCCCUUGCAACAGGAUCAUCUGUAUCCGAUUUAUGAAAAUCAGUCCCAACUGAUCGGUCGUCCCGAAUCGCCCAUCUACAGUAACACGAAUUCCGGUACGAUAUACCAGAACUACAACAGCAACAACUCAUCGCACCAAUCGCUCUACUCGAACGUUUGCGUUAGCGGACCACCGGUGGCAGGUGAAAAUGGUAGCAGCAACAGUCCGGUACAUGUGCAGUCACAGGCAUUACAGCAAACCAGCCAACCACUCUAUUCGAACAUGAUAAUUGGUGCAAAUAAGCCCAAUAGUGUGACGUACGGGGAAGUGGUUUUACGUACUGCUCGUCUUGGGGCGACGGGGGCAGCCGGUGGGGCAGUGCCGGGUCAACGAAGUAUUACACAAGGUUCCGCUGGUCAGCAACCCGAAGGAGACAAUGGUGAAGAGGAACUGAUGCUACCGCCCGGCUGGUCGGUGGAUUAUACACUAAGAGGGAGAAAGUAUUACAUCGAUCAUAACACUAAAACAACGCACUGGGCCCAUCCACUCGACAGGAAAGCUUUGCCGACUGGUUGGCAAAGAAUUGAAGCGGCACGAUAUGGAAUUUUCAACUAUUUCGGAAGCCAAGGCGAACAAACUCUGCCAUAUCUGGCUUCGUGUUACCUAACGCAUGCACCGGCUGUAGAAAUUCCUCGCCCGAUCGUAUCGCACUUUCCGCGCCAUAGCGCCCUGGUGCCGGCGAAUCCAUACAACACGGAAAAGGUCCCAGAAUGGCUGUUCCUUUAUGCAAAGUCUUCCUCGGAGAAAGAUCACAUCAUCAAAUGGGACAUGUUUCAACUACAGCAACUUGAGGAUUUCCUUGGCAUCAUGAAAAAGUUGUAUCGCCAAGAGUGCAACAUUAUUGUUGCCAAAUACGAAGUGAUUAGGAUACAGAUACACUCGCGAAUGCAAGAGCUUCGACGGAUGUAAUCGAACUGGAUGUGGAACCUCUGUAUCAGUGCUUGUGAAAAGAAAAAUGUGAUAUCAAACAGUUCCUUCAUCGAAGAAUUGCGUUUGCCACGAGGCAUACCUUGAGCAAUGCAGAUGCACUA